UGUUGCUUCAACAAGUAUAAUUCACCGAAUUUUCUUGUCCAUACAACUGUCAAAUUGACAACUUUAACCUGUUAUUGACGUGCUAAACAUUUCUAAGCUUUUCCACGCCGGGGUUGGGCCUCGUUUAUUUUUUUAUGAAAAUAGCGGAGAAAUUCUUGAAAAUGGGAUUAAGGUUCAUUGAUAUUGGAGCUAACUUGACUGACCCAAUGUUCCAAGGAUUCUAUGGCGGUAGUCAGAAGCAUCCUGCGGACUUGGAUAGAGUUUUGGAUAGGGCUUGGCAGAAUGGAUUGGAUAAAAUUAUAAUUACAGUAGGAACGCUAAAUGAAUUUGAUGGGGCGCUAAAUUUAGCAAGCACUGACAGUAGAUUAUAUGUGACGAUGGGUUGCCAUCCAACCCGCUGUGGGGAAUUUGAACCUGAUCCAGAUUUAUAUUAUUCGAACAUGUGCAAGAGUAUAGAAGCGAAUCAUAAUCGGGUUGUUGCUAUAGGUGAAUGCGGUCUUGAUUACGACCGUCUGAAAUUCUGUCCGAAAGAAGUGCAAAAAGUUUAUUUUGAAAAACAAUUAGAAUUAGCUGAGCAAUUUCAAUUGCCACUAUUUUUGCAUUGUCGAAGCGCUCAUGAAGAUUUCAUGGAAAUUGUUACACGUAAUCGUAGCAAAAUCGUUAAAGGCGGUGUAGUUCACAGCUUUGACGGAACCUCCGAGGAGGCUCGGAAGAUUAUUGAUUUUGGAUUCUACAUUGGAUUAAACGGCUGUUCUCUGAAAACGGAAGAAAAUUUGAAAACUGUGCAGGAAAUUCCUCUAGAAAAAAUCAUGAUUGAAACCGAUUGCCCUUGGUGCGGUAUACGACCUAGUCAUGCUGGAUCAAAGAUGGUGAAAACCCGGUUUCCGACAAUAAAAAAGAAGGAGAAAUGGGCGGCAGAUCAACUAAUCGAUGGUAGAAACGAACCAUGUCAUUUAAGGCAAGUUAUCGAAGUUAUUGCAAACGUUCAUAAUGAGCCAGUGGAAAAAUUAGCAGACAUAUUUUAUGAGAAUACAAUAAACCUAUUUUUUAGAAAGUAAA